GAAUAUGAAAGAGCCCUGAAGUAUACUGAAGCCAUUCGGAAAAUUGAACCAAACAAUCGUCAAGCCCAACAGCUUGAUGGUUACAUUAAGGCAAAAAUGAAGAAAGAUGGCCUGCUGGGUAUGGCUAUUGUAGGUGGCGCUGUGCUGGCCCUAGGCGGCCUUGUCGGGGCCACUAUUGCAGCCGUCAAGAAGAAGUAGUCCCCCCAGGCCUCAUGGCUUACUUGGCAUGGCAAUUGUUGGUGGUGCGUCUCUGGCGUUAGGCGGGCUAGUGGGUCUGGGCAUUGCGUUGCUGAAAAAAUGAACAGAGCCGGGCAGAGUUCUGAGUAGCCUCCCCUUUGCAGUUUUUUUUUAGGGAUAUAAACUUGUGUAGUUUUGUACCCACAUGAUACCAGAGUCCAGGAGAGAUGAAGACGUUUUUUUCCGUAAAGAUUUUCUUCACAUUUGGAUUGUUGUAUGGUUGUUAUAUGUUAUAGUUAUAUACAGUAUAACACGGAUAGCUCGAAUUCGUCGGGACCGGCUUCGAUAGUUCGAGAGAUCCGUAGUUUGAGGGAUAUCUUACAAAGAUAAAGAAGAAAAAACCAAAUGGGGACUGCAGGCACAGUUCGACAGGUGCGUGAUUUCGAGUCUUCUGUGUUCGAUCUGUCCGUGUUAUACUGAAAUAUGUAUUAUGUUUCAUAUCACACUGUGAUGAACUUUUUUUCUUUUCUUUUACUUCCUUUUUAGUCUUGGUACAGUACCUGUAUAUAUAUCUAUGUCUGUGAUGAGUUAUCUAUAAAAAGAUUAGAUUUACUCCAAAGUGUCUCAUUUUUGGUUGGAAUAAAUGUUUAUGUUGUGAAAUCAAACAAUGUGAAAGAUUUGUUCGGGUUCCAGACUUGGUUGUUUUCCUGUUGGCAUCAGCCGCUCUCUAUUCUCUGUUCUGUUCUAUUUAGUAAAAGUUUUAUGGCACAUGCAACACAAAUAGGUCCUAUAACUUUUGCUCAAGAUAUGAAAUGUAACUAGAGAGUUUAAUUUAAUAAAUAUAUGAAUAAAUUAAUAGCUCAUCCUUCACUGACUGAUGAUGACCUAUACAUCCGCAGAUUUUCUAUAGAGGUAACACUAAUAAAAGACGGAA